UUUACUGCUAUUCUCAAAUAUUUACAUUAGCAACUUCCGGAAAUGGCUGGGUUGGAAAAUGCUCCGCCGAUUCCAAACAAGGAGGAUUUAGAGGAUGAAGCCCAGACUGUGAUCUCUGUUGACACGCCUGGUGGGCAGGAAGGCCCAGGGGCUCCACCACCCAUACCAGAGGUGCCUGCCCAGCCUAAACCAAGGCCAAGAAAAGCUCCAGAUAUCCCGAUAUUCGAGCGACGUAACUGGCUGAUCCACCUUCACUAUGUGCGUAAAGACUAUGAGCAGUGUAAAUCACUCAUCAAGGAACAGUUGGGGGAGUCCGGUGGCAUGUGUGAAUAUGCUGUUUAUGUGCAAGCCCUGAUAUUGCGCAUGGAGGGGCGUAUCCAGGAGUCCCUGGAGUUGUUCCAGACCUGUGCCCUCCUUAAUCCAGGCAGUGGGGAGAACCUUAAACAAGUUGCUCGGUCACUGUUUCUACUGGCUAGGCACAAGGCUGCUAUAGAUGUCUAUAAUGAGGCUGAAAAACUGAGUAUGAAUGAUUGGGAAAUCUGCCACAACAAGGGAGUAUGCCACAUGUACCUUCGGGAGAUGGAUAAGGCAAAAGAAUGCUUACAGAAAGCUAUCAGUUUUAAGCGACACGAGAUUUCGUACGUGAUGCUUGGGAAGAUCAGCCUUAUCAAGGGAGAUAUUCCUGCAGCCAUCGAGAUUUAUAAACAAGCUGUAGAAUUUUCUCCAGAAAACCCAGAUAUGCUCACGACCCUGGGGCUUCUGUACAUGCAGAUUGGUCAGUACCAGAAAGCUUUUGAAAACCUCGGCAACGCGAUGACCUACGACCCUCAACAUGUGAAAGCCAUAAUGGCUGCCGGAAGCAUGAUGCAAAGCCACGGGGAUUUUGACGUGGCGCUAACAAAGUAUCGCGUUGCUGCGGUCAGCUCACCAGAAAGUCCGCCUCUGUGGAAUAACAUCGGGAUGUGCUUCUUUGGCAAGAAGAAAUACGUGGCUGCUAUCAGCUGCCUUAAACGAGCCAACUACCUUGCGCCUUUCGACUGGAAGAUUCUCUACAAUCUGGGGCUGGUCCAUCUAACGAUGCAGCAGUAUGCCUCUGCAUUCCACUUCCUGUCUGCGGCAAUCAACCUUCGCCCGAAGAUGUCCCAAUUGUUCAUGUUGCUUGGAGUGGCAUUGACCCACUUAGAGGAUUCGGACAAUGCCAGACAGGCGUACGAGCAGGCCGUCACCUUGGACCAGAAAGAUCCAAUGAUAUCACUGAACUUCGCUGUGUUUCUCUUCAACAACAACGACAAGAAGGCGGCACAGAAACAGUUUGCGGCGUUCGAGAAUAAAAUGAGGGCACUGAAAGGCAACAAUAACCCAGCUAAUAGCGACCCUGAGGUUCAGGAGGUGGCCAGCAAACUAGCAGCUGCCUUACAGGUGGGAGAAAGCCUGGUAUGGAAAGCAGAGCCCAAACCAAGUGCUGAAGAAACCCAGGUCAAGCAGCCUGCAGAUGGCCCCGGGGCUGUUAAAGAGCCAGAGCCCAAUCGAAGUGAUUUACCACUGGCCCCCACUCCAAUUUCACGAGCUGUCACAUCUGCUGGCGUGGACACUGAUCUAGUCCCGACACCCAUUCCAGAAACACCUGCUCCAAGUUUCCCGCCAAAUAGAGACGAAAUUCUGGAGACUCCAUUACCAAAUCUCCCACCUGGAACUGAUGAACCUGAUCGCCCUCCACCAACACCAACUUUCCAUCCAGCUCCUGGAGAACCAAUGCUUCAAAAGCGAGAGGGCGAUUUGAGUGCUCUCCCAACACCUUUCGGUAAAAGUAUUCCACCCCUCCCAUUUAAACUUGGGGGUGGUUCACGUCUCCCGCCCGUUCAAGGAUCCUCAGCAACGGGGUCCAGUCUUGAUAAUCUCCCCUCUCCGCCUGACGACGAACUCCCCACAUACGCGGAGGUUGAAAUGGCGGAUAAGUUAUCGGGAAAGAAGAAGAAGAAACAUAAAAAUAAAGAACCAACACCUGAACUUGAGGCAUUGUGAUAGAACAAGCAUUGUGAUACAACAGUUCUUAAUGUAUUUUUGUUUGUUUUUUCCUCUCCAAACAUUACCAUUUUGACUCUGUCAAUUCUCUGUAUAAAACUUUUAAACAUAAACAACAUCUACCCCCUUACCAUUGUUUUCUGAUCAUAACAUAACAUGAUUAUUGUAGAGUUACUAUACAUAUCUCAAUUAACGUGUACACUCAAUUUUCUUUUUCUUUUUUCAUUUUUUAAAUUUCUUAUACAAUGUAUGUUGCAUGUUAUAUUGUCAUGGUUUGUGCAAAUCAAAUUAAUGGGAAUUUGCUGAAAAGAAGAGAGUUUUACUGAAGUUAUUCUAUUAAUGUUAAAGAGUCCUUGAUCAAUUUUUGGCAGGGCUUUUAGGAUAAAUGUAUGAUUAUGUAUUAAUGUAAGAGUGCUCAGUUACACCCAUAAAGUUACGGGCAGAAUAUAUUCGAUAAUCCUUACGAUAAUUUUAUUAAAACACACUUUACACCAAAAAUUGAGGUUACACCUGGAAAUUUGCUUAACAAUCUUUAUUAAAAUGGAGCCCUGAUCUUUGAAGCAUUAUUCAGGUGCAGGGUAUAAAUUGUUACUGGUUCUUCUUGUAAUUGUAAUACAUAUAUUUGUAGUGGACAUUCUUGCACUUCAUGUUUUUCUUGUUUUGUAACCGGUGUAUUAAGUUAUUAGAAUUUUUGAAGUAUUGGUGAAAAUUUUGCUAUAUGAUACAGAAGGGGUUUUUUGGUGGAUAAUUUACUACUAACAAAUAGUCGACAGUGCCCAUAUAUCACAAAAAAGUUGUUUCUUAAUCAUAACUUAACUUUACCACAUAACAGGAUGGAAUGUUUCAAAAUCUGACAUGUUCUUACUAUAUUUGGAAGUGCAUUCUCUCAAAGAUUCUGUUUUUAAAAAUAUUUGGUCAAUAAUAUUAUUCUGAUAAUAAUCCUACAGCUAAAAACUUUAUUUUUGUUGUUGAACUUCAAUUGUCUUAUUGUUCAGAACUUUGUUCAAAGUUCAAGUUUAAGUUCAAGCUUUGAGUAUAAUUAAUAACCUUAUUUUGAUAUGACUGAACAAUCUCAUAAUCUAUGUGAGAAUGCCCUUUAACAGAGGAGAACAAGUAAGAUUUUUAAUAAAAAAAAGUGUAGGAAGGGUCAAAGUUAAGGAACAGGAACAAUUUUAAUAUUUCCCCUGGAGUGAUAUUUAAUCUGCAUAUAAAGUCAAUCUUAUGGUGGUUGACUUGAUUCACCGUUUAGAUCCUUUAUCCAAUUAUCUACAUCAUUUUUAUAUCCAAUUUAAACCAAUAUUGACUGAGGAUUCACCUGGUUUGUGCACCUCCAUAAUUCAGCCAAAGGACGUGGCCACCGGAGGCAUGCAAUCCCCUAAUACAGCCAAAGUGUGCCGGCACCUGGGGCGUGUGCCUCCAUAAUUCAGCCAAAGGACGAGGCCACCUGAGGCAUGCAAUCCCCUAAUACAGCCAAAGUGUGCCGGCACCUGGGGCGUGCGCCUCCAUAAUUCAGCCAAAGGACGUGGCCACCUGAGGCAUGCAAUCCCCUAAUACAGUCAAAGUUUGCCGGCACCUGGGGCGUGCGCCUCCAUAAUUCAGCCAAAGGACGAGGCCACCUGAGGCAUGCAAUCCCCUAAUACAGCCAAAGUGUGGCGGCACCUGGGGUGUGCGCCUCCAUAAUUCAGCCAAAUGGUGCUGGCAGACCUUUAUAAACAAGACAACGAAUGUCGAUUUUUUCUGUAGUACUUAGACUGAGCAUAUGGUUUGUGCUGAUUGUUAAAACAGCAAUUACUUUAUGUGUCAAUGAUUUAUAUUGUAUCAAUAUGACUUGGGUUUUGUUAUAUUAAGGCCACAAUUAAAAUAUAUUUUUUUUCUUAUCUGACCGAAUCAUAAAAAAUACCCGCUACCCAGACUUAGACUCUCAAGUGGCCAUUUUUUAGUUUUUGUUUUACAUUUAUAAUAGGAAUUAAGGGUUAAGGAAGUUAUAAAGAAAUACCUUUCUCACCUUAAAGCUGCACUCUCACAGAUUGACUGUAUUGACAACUUUUUUUAAUUUUUUGUCUGGGAAUGAGCAAAUUUUUGCGUAAAUGUCUAGAAGCCAGUGAAUGAAGACUGCUGACAAAAGAUCAGAUCGCAGUUUUUCAUAUUUAUGUUUGAAAAUUGAUGUUUUAUUUCCAAAAGAGUUACCAACGCUUUAAGGAAAAUGAGUUUUCUGAACAAUUCAGAUCUGUUCUUUAGUGUGUUAUCUUAUUUGAUUGAUUUGAAGGCAUUGAUGCCAAAAUCAGCUGAUUCCUAGACAAAAAAUAAAUCAAAAGUCAAAACUGUCAAUCUGCUUUAAAUGUACAAAAACGUAUUUUUAAUUGUUGUCUUUUUCUUCUGUAACUGAAUUUAUAUACAGGAAAUGAAAAUAAUAAUAAUCUUACAUAAUAUGUAAUAUAUAAAGUACUAAUCUCUCAAAUGCUUGUGCAUUUAGUACAAGUUUAUUUUAAAUGGUUCAUGAUUUUCCGUCCAAUUUUUUUUAUGUAUGAAAUGAUUGUUUGAUUAAUUUAUUAUUGUUUUAUUUAUUUAUUUCAUUAUUAUUUGUAUACAGCUUUAUUGCCCAUUAUAAAGUGUUGAAUACAUACAUGUAUGUAUACCAAAAAAAGAAAACGAGUGAUCUGAAUAUAAUGAAAAUAGUUCAGUGUCGAU